AUGGGCGACCUCCGCAAGCACAUCAAAGCUGUGCAUCUGGGCGAUCGACCCUACGUGUGCGAGGUGAACGAGGCAAACUGGUCGGGUUGUGCUUGUGGUCGACGUUUCACCACCAAGUACAGUCUCAACCGUCACCAACAACGACUGCAUGAAGUAUCAACCACGGCUACAACGCUCAGUCUCCUGGACCGUGACGUAGCUGAGCUGCGACAGGAUCCGAGCCUCUGGGAUGCUUUCAUAGAGGCCCUGGAAAAGACGUUCCAUGAGAAUCAAGCUUUGUAUCGGAGUGAUGUCGACGAAUUGUUGGUACUGUGUACCGCCCUUUCUCCCAAGACCGAUCCCGAAUUUCCUGUUGCUCAAGAGGGUCCAGCUGAUGAUCCGUAUGCCAGAGUCUACCUCAGGCUCAUCAGAGUUCUUCGACGCAGGCGACCCGAGACGUGUGGAGAGCUUCUCAGCCAUGUCAUAAAUGUCAUAAAAGCCGCUGAAGCUGAGUACACCUUGGACGCAUUGCAGCGUGACAAGAACUUGUCCAUCCUACGACAGGUCUAUGAGGCCCUCAUGAGCGCUGCAACGGCGCCGAGGUCUUCUAUGGGCUUCCGUACACUCCUGAACUUCGGCCCAUCAGAGCUUGUCGGCCUAGAACCCAUGACAGAUCUUGUGCGAAUCCUGCGAGGCACAUACUCACCGCCGUUCGACAUCGAUGAAAGUGGCUGGCCGACUCAAUCCUGGAUGCAAACACAUUGGGCACCAGUGACAGGGAACGAUGGCUUCUCAUCAUUACAAGCCAGAAAAGUCCUACAGUGGGCUUCUGGACUACGACACAAUUCACCUGAGAGGAAUGUACCCGAUCGGAAUGAAGCUGUGCCACCCUUCUGGGAGGCGCCGAAAGCCUUUGAAUCAAUCCGUGAAGCCUUGUUCGCUGCAGACUGCUGCAAGUCUAUCGCCAGCGGCCAUACGAACAGCACGAUGGAAUCUGUCUACUCCUUGCCGCUGCAGCGAAAUAAUCUUGCCACCCACGAGAUAGACAGGGAGACAGCCAUAUCGGAAUCGAACGGCAGUCAGGGUACCGUCAUAGUACCUGCGGGAGGCUUCGAAGACUUAGGGGUGGGAUAUACGUCGUGUCCUCUUGUGGCUCAAGGGUACUGUGUCUGCGAUGACUUUACGAGCCUGCCAGCCUGCCAAGAACAUCUCAUCUGCUCUCACCGGUGGUGGUACGAUACAGAGGCAGGCAAAAGUUGGCGACAGUCUGUUUCCUACGAUCAAGGUGUCAUUGACUUGUCUAAGCCACAGGAGAAUGAAAAAACGUUCGAUGAUUUGCUAUCACAGUACGAUCUUGAUAUAUCUUUCUGGAUGGCAAAAGACCUGGACUUGGAGCCAACGCAACGGGAAAACCUGGCUCAAAGAGGCAGCGACGGGUUCGCGGUCCCAUAUGCCCGAACAACUGUAGAGCAUCUCGAGAAAUCAGUGAACGAGGCCAGACGAGAGCACAGCAGACUUGAAGAAGGGAGUCGCCAUUUGACUGAAUACAAUGGCAGCUCCGCCCCACUAUGGCGCUGUUCAGGCACCGAUUCCGCUCAGCAACUACAGCGCGGCUAUGAUGUGGACUACGACGGCGCCACUCAUAGCUCCUCCCAGUCUCAGAGAGGAACCGGUGCGAGCAGACGCAAAUAUUGUUCCAUUACGUCUUUGUGA